GCGCGAUCUUCAUAACGUCAGUAUGAAAAAUGCAAACUUGAAGCAAUUAUUUUUUCGGUAAGGCUGUUUGUAGAAUUUUACUAUGGAUCGAAUCACUACAAAGCGGCUUGUAUCGCUGUUCUUCUGGAGUAAAAAAAUCUUAAAAAACUUGUCAGCUUCCAUCUGCCUAUGAUUUUGAGGCGUUUUAUUCGGGUUGCCCAGUCUGUUGUACCUAGAUCAGGAUUACUGCAUUCUGAGACCUGCCCAUGUACUACCAUGUCCAGAAAACCUGGCGUCAGUGCAAAAGAUGUUGUACAUGAUACAGAAAACAACGAGUUUUAUAUACAGCUUAAUGAAGGGGGCAUAGAAGGAAAGGCAUAUCUGCAGUACAGUUUCAUCAAGCCUGAUUAUGUAGAUCUGCAACACACAGUGGUCCCAGCAGAGUUCCAAAACAGGGGAAUUGCUAAGGUUCUAGCUCAGACGGUGUUUGACCAUUUUGUAUCCAAGGGGAUGUCCAUAAGACCUACCUGCAGUUACCUUCAGAAGUUUUACAACGAUAAUCCACUACCCGAGUAUCAGGCCAAAGUGAGACUAUGAUUGGCUGAGUGGUUUACAUUUAUCAAAUAACAACUAUCGUACCAACAUGAAAGGAUUUUGCUUAUGAGGAUUUAUUGUUUUGAAAAUUGAUAUCCUCGCACUGCAGGCAAUAUAAACUUGACAUGACACCACCUGUAUAUUCCUCUUGAUAUAUGUAGCAGAAUUACACUACGAUCAUGUGGAUGUAUUUGAAUACAAUAUAAAGUGCUCAUAAUUUUGUCAGUAACUGACAACUGCUGUGCUAAUCACAGAGGGAAAAUUGCCUUAGAAAUAAUUUCAAGACACAAUUUUUAGGACUUGGUUGAAAAAAUAUUCGAAAACCCUAAGCACUUUAUGUAUGCUAUCAUAGAUCAUGAGUAUCGGGUUGAUAAUUUAAGCUUUAGCUGGUGUAUACUGUAUUGGACUUGCCAGUAUGAUGAAAUUGUGUCUUAUGCCAUGUGUGGCCAGAGUAGUUCUAGAACAGACUCGGCCAUUGCACAUUAUAGUCAGGGGCUAACCUGUAAGUUAUUAAGUCACACAUAGUUACAUGGUCUCAUUAGCGGACAGGGUAGGUCCCAUUAUAGUCAGGAGCUAACCUGUAAGUUAUUAAGUCACACAUAGUUACAUGGUCUCAUUAGGCGACAGGGUAGGUCCUGAUCAGACUGCGCAGGCUGGUCUGGAGCUAGGCUGGGCACAUAUGGCAAAAUUCAGUUAUACUUUAAAUUUAUUUCUUCAUUUUUAGCUCGGCUGUUUUCGGAGAAAACCCUAGGUAUUGUCAUAGCCAGUUCGCCGUCAGCCGUAGGCGUCGUGCUAAAACCUUAACAUUGGCUCUAAAAUCAGAGUGCUUCCACCUACAACUUUGAAACUUCAUAUGUAGAUGCACCUUGAUGAGUUUUACACGCCACACCCAUUUUUGGGUCACUAGGUCAAAGGUCACUGUGACCUCUAAUAUAAAACUUUAACAUAGGCUCUAAAGUCAAAGUGCUUCCACCUACAACUUUGAAACUUCAUAUGUACAUGCACCUUGAUGAGUUCUACACGCCGCACCCAUUUUUGGGUCACUAGGUCAAAGGUCAAGGUCUCUGUGACCUCUAAAAAAAAAUAAUCUGACAAGCUUUCGCAGCCAAGCGUGGCACCCGUUAUGGGGUGCUCUUGUAAUUCCUUAAAUGUAUAACUUCUUUUUUUAUUGAUAAAAUUGUUUAUUGUAGCAUUAAA